CUUCACAGUUCAUAGCGGGAGCAGGUCGGUCAUCCCUCCCGUUUUCACGUUCAGAUCGAUUGACCACUGCCCGCCAUCCAUCUCUGGACGAAUAAACAGCCAUCGCAAGUGAGGCAGCCAAUUGAACAGCUGACCCGUCAGGUUUGAGUCAGUGUUGGAGAGUUUGCCCCGGGAAGAGGUUCCCUCACAUGGCUCAGCCGUGUUAAGUAGUUGGCUACCUUAUCCACUUCACUUUUACAGUUGAUUUGAUCUAUCUUAUCGGACAUUCUCCUCGAAAGUCUACAGUUCCUUUCAUUUAUCCUAUACACUUUCUUCGACUUUGACUGUGUUUCAUUCAUACUUCUAGACUUACAAGCAGCUAUUGGCCCGAGCCACCCAGACUCCAUUACGAUGCCUUCAACUCGCCCUCCAAAUUACUAUGCGAUCCUAGGACUUUCUUCAACCGCCUCGACAAAUCAAAUCCGCGAUGCCUACAAACGCGCCGCCCUCAAGACGCACCCAGACCGCGUAGCAGCCGAUGCGCCCGACCGCGCCGAGCGCACCCGUAAGUUCCAGCUAGUCAACGACGCCUACUACACCCUCUCCGACCCUAUUCGGCGCCGGGAAUAUGACGAGCAGCGCAAGAUCUUCGGCGUCGGUGCCGACUACGUUCCACCAUCAUCAGCGUCCUCAUCCUGGGGCGGCAGUGCAGCCUCGGGGGGAAGCGGUGGAAUGCCAGGCGGCUUCGAUAAUACCUCCGAUCCCUUUGCCGAAGCGGACGCCGGUGCGGGCGGCACCGGCACCAGCCCCGCCGGCCAAGCGUUCUCCUGGGCAUGGAACUUUUUCACCAAGCAGAACCAGAGCAACAACGACAAUGGCCGCGCGCAGCAGGACCGUGAGCAAACGCAAAACGAGCAGUUCGCCGAUGUCUUCGAGGAGAUGCUGCGCGAGGAAGGCAUGGCGGAGCCUGACGGCACCAACCGACCAACGAACAAGUUCUGGAGCUUGCUAGGCGGAAUCAGCGGUGCCGCGCUGGGCUUCAUCGUCGCGAACGUGCCUGGUCUGUUGGCUGGCGUGGUUGCCGGGAACAGAUUGGGUGCUAUUAGAGACGCAAAGGGGAAGAGUGUCUAUGCUGUAUUUCAGGAACUCCCUCAAGACGACAAGGCGAGGCUUCUUACCCAGUUGGCGGCCAAGGUGUUUAGCCAUACAGUGGGAAUCUGAACAGUAUCUUCGAUCUAGCUGGGCGUACCGGUUGUUGUUUCUCUUUGGGGUAAAUAUAUACACAGGGUUCAUGAUUGGGAAUGGCUAGGUUUGUACUUUGGAGUUCUGGUUAGGCUUAAGGGUAAGUUGAUGACUUAGUACACAUAUUCAAUAUUGGGUUUAAGGUCGAGAAAGGAAAACAGAUCGUAAUACCAGAUAACCCAAAUGAGGGAACGAGGGCGCUCUUCAACUAUACCUGAAUUCUACGUAAAUGGCUCCACUUUGCUAGGCUAUCCGAACCUUGACGGGUAGAAUUUGC